AAGCCGGCCACUGCCAACCUGACAUCUUUUCAUAUCCCCACACACCCUGUGAUACCCUCGUCACCACCGACGUCCACCGCGCCAUGGCCUCUCUCGCUCCCUCCACGCCUCUGAUCGCUGGAUCCGGUGUCGUGAUCUCGUAGCCUUCGGUCGAGGGCUUCACCGGCGUCGAUUCAAGGUUUUCGGUCGAAUUCUUGAGUUUGUUUGGCGAUUCCAACGAGCAAACCAUGUCCCGCCCUGCUGCCGCUACCCAUUUCCACAAAUCGAAGACCCUUGAUAACAAAUAUAUUCUUGGAGAUGAGAUCGGGAAGGGAGCGUAUGGGCGCGUGUACAAGGGUUUGGAUUUGGACAAUGGGGGCGUUGUGGCCAUCAAGCAGGUGUCGCUGGAGAAUAUCCCCCAGGAGGACCUCAACAUUAUUAUGCAAGAAAUUGAUCUACUAAAGAACUUGAACCACAAGAACAUUGUCAAGUACCUUGGAUCAUUGAAGACAAAGACUCACCUUCACAUCAUUCUUGAGUAUGUUGAAAAUGGUUCACUUGCAAAUAUCAUCAAGCCAACCAAAUUUGGACCAUUCCCUGAGACCUUGGUGGCAUUUUACAUAACCCAGGUUUUGGAAGGAUUGGUCUACCUGCAUGAGCAAGGUGUGAUUCACCGGGAUAUCAAGGGUGCAAAUAUUUUGAUGACCAAAGAAGGCCGUGUCAAACUUGCCGACUUUGGUGUAGCCACAAAACUGAAUGAAGCGGAUCUAAAUACACACUCUGUUGUUGGAACCCCAUAUUGGAUGGCUCCUGAGGCUUAUGAUUAA